GUACAUGAUGUGAUAAACACACAUUCCAUUCCGAUCAAUUCAGUCGUCCAGUUCUGUUUAGAUUUUUAUUUUUUUUGUUCUCAUCAAAGUUUUUUUGAAGAAAUUAUGAUUUCAUUCUUGAGGGAGGUGGUUCGUCAACAUUACCUUAUUCUAUUUAUAGCGAUAUUUAGUGCAAUAUUUUGGCCCCAAAUAAAAGAACAAUACUACGGCUAUAUUAUCGGCGAGACCGGUGCUAGUGUAAAUGUUGAAAAAACGGAACCUGCACCAGUCCCAAAGACGAGACUGUUUACCAAGGACGAAUUGGCUAAAUACAAUGGCGAAAAAAACAGUCUUGGUUUGUACCUGUCAAUAAUGGGCACAGUGUACGAUGUCCAGAAAGGUGUCAAACAUUAUGGAGAAGGUGGCAGUUAUCAUUUUUUCGCUGGUCGCGAUGCGUCGGUGUCAUUCGUAUCUGGAGAUUUUGAAAAUAUAACUGAUACGAUAGACGAUGUUUUAUCGCUUGAGGCACGGGAAAUUUUGAGUUUAAAACAGUGGAAAGAAUUUUACGAUAAGGAUUACAUACUGAAGGGGCGCUUGAUCGGCCGAUUCUACGACGAAAAUGGCCACGAGACGGAAUACUAUCGUAAAGUGGAAAAACAAGUUGAAAUUGCGAUCGAAGAUAAGCGAAAGGAAGAAAUGAAAAAACAAGAUUUUCCGCCUUGCAACAUUGAGUGGAGUGCGGACACUGGCACGAAAGUAUGGUGUACAACACAGAGCGGUGGCGUCGAUCGACAUUGGACCGGUUUCCCUCGGAGAUAUUUUCAGCCCGGUGAAGCAUCGCCUCGAUGUGCUUGUGUCCAUGAGAGUAAGUUGGACAAUCCAAACUUGAAGGAGUACGAUGACUGUGAUGCGAGUUCCAGGACUUGUUUCUAUGAACCAGAUAAUUAAUGUGAUCAAAGUUGAAGUGAUUUUGCCUUAACAACCGUAAUAUGUUGAUUGCUUUAGCAAUAAAAUUGAAAUUUUACAUAUUUUCUA